AUGUUCGAGGUUCCUCGUGGCAUCCAAUGCGUCAACAUCUACGCAGUUCUGGCAUUCUUCGAGGUCUACAGCUACGAGGUGGCGCAAUACAUCAAUCCUCUCGGCGAUCUGUAUGAAGCUUUUGGACUAUGUGCCCUCUACCUGCUCUUUGUCGAGUAUGCUGCUCCGUCACGGUCAUUCGGCGAUGAGCUCUUCGCAGCAGUCAAGUCAGCGGAGGAGGAACAGAGCACGUUCGAUUGGCCUCGAAUCGGAUGGAUAUUCGUCUUCCAGUUCCCAACCGUCGAGGUGUUGUGCGUCUUCAUUAUCGAAGUCACUGAAGCAGCAGGCCGCUACUGCGUCAACAGUCUUCGGCCCCAAUUCGGCCAUUUCUGGGUCGAAAUCUUGCAGUCAAUCAGCAUCGGUGCUUGCGUCAUCGCCAUCAUCAGCUUCCGCAACCGGAUGAAGAAGCUGAUGAAGGUCCGGCGCGGCCUCGCCAAGAUUGUUUGCUUCAAGAUCAUCGUUUUCAUCCGCUUUGCUCAGGCCUGGGUAUUCAGCAUCCUUUUGGAGCGCAACGUGGUCAAGACCAGCCCGGCAUUCUCGUACAACGACAUCCUCUGGGGUAUUCCGGGUGUUGCGACCUGCGCAGAGAUGGCGCUCUUCUCUCUUGGCUUCUGGUACGCACUCAGCUCAACUGAGUACGGCUCAUCUGCGAAGCCGCAAGAUCGACCACUACCGCUGUGGCGAGCAGUACUGGACGCGAUGAACCCGACUGAUUUCAUACUUGGAAUUUGGCGCAUUUUCCCACUGUUUGGCGAGGUGCACCGUAGCGGAGACUGGAAGCUUUGGCGCGCCGAAGCGAAAAACCGAGGCAUUACCGGUGCUGUUCGAAAGGGUGCCAAGAAGUACACGAACAGGAAGGCUGGGAAGAACAGCCGAUACCAGCAGCUUGAUGAAGGGCUGGAGCAUCUGCAGCAGCCGUGGGAGUCUCACUCACGGACGGCGUCUGGAACGUCUGAUUCUGGGCAAUAUCCCACUGGGCAAUAUACCACGACUUCUAUGAAUGCCCAGCAGAUGUAUCAGCCGCCCGCUGGCCCUCCUUCAGAUGAAGCGAGGGACCACCUCAUGGCUAAGCCCUACCAAGGCAGGUCUCGAUCGACGUCACAGAGCCAGUGGAACGGGCAGAGAUACGCUCGGACGCCAUCUCCGGCGGGCCGAUACAGCGCAGACGAAACAGAAGUGCGAGACUUGGUCUGA